AAAGAGCCAGGGAACUUUAAGCUGCAACUGCAGCAGCAGCAGAAGCAGCAAAAGCAGCAGUUGUCAAAAUGCUUAAGUAACAGAGGUGGAGCCAUGGAGAAAGAAAAACUUUGGCCAACUGUCGAAAAACAAGCGAAAUGAAAUUGGUAAAACAAUUGUCAAUGCGUCAAUUUGAAUGGAUUUCAGUUGCAGGCGACAGACGGCGGCAGAUAAAAACAUCAGCAAGAACAAGUGUCGAAAGUUUUCCCAAAACAAACUUUCACAAUAGAGAAAGUAGUCCUUGACAAAGCUGGAUAAAUAGAGAAGAUCUAUAAACAGAGCUAUUUUCGGAGAGAGAUUGUAAACGAGCAACAGCCACAAAUAUGAACUGCAAGUUUCCUAUAUUUUGUAUAAUAUUCAACUUAUUUUGUAUGGAUUUGUUAAGCAGCGCCAGCUGUCUGCGGAGCACACGCGACAUGUGGCAGCUGCAGCCUCCCAAAGAGAUGGGCAGCUGCAAUCGACCAUCACCAUUACGCUCGGAAUUUGACGACAAAGGAACUGUUCCUGUUGCUGCAGCCCUCAAUAAUGGAUGGUCAACCCUUGGAAAUUUUCUCUCUCAAUAUGCAGUUUCAGGAAUAGAUCCAACAGAUGGGCAACUGAAGAACAAACCGGCGAAGAUACAUCGCAUGUCCAUAUAAGACUCUAUCCCACAGUUUCGUUGUCUGUUAAGAGCCUCAUUUUAUAUUUUACAAGUUAAUAAAGAUUAAAAAGCAAA